CAGUUGGGUGAUAUCAACACUGCCAUCGCGGAGACCCCUGCCAUCAAAGCUCAGCUGGUCGAUCAGGCGGCCAACAAUGCGACCAUCGCCGAACGGCUGGACAAGCUCGAGGCCCAGGGCGUGGCGUCCAGCGCCGAGGGCCAGUUUCUGGCGAAGCUCGAGCUCUUGGAGACACACCAGUGUAAGAUAUGGGUCAGCGGCUUUGUCUCUCCGAUGCUGGGGUCGAUGCUCGAGGAGCACGGCAAGCACCUGCUUGGCCUUCUGCCAUCUCAUCACACUGCUGGUGCCACUAUUCGAGGGUACAACCUCAACAAGUCGUACAGCAUCAAGUUCGCCAAUGAGAAAGCGGCUGCUGCCUUUGUGGAUCACUGCCGCUCGGCAGGCAUGCAGUACCAGGACCAGGCCACAAACUCCACUGUCAACCUGCGAGUGAGGUUCGACGCCCCAGCCGGGAUCCGCGUUAGGAGCAAGUACCUGGGCAGGCUAUGGCAGGCGAUCGCCGAGGCCAUGAAGCGUGACGGGAAGUGGAAAGCGGACUACUCCAUCGGUUCCAACGGCUUCAAGGGCAUCCUGUACAUGAGAGUGGGCGAGUGCUUGUUCGUGCUGUUCGAGCUCAUUUCCACGGACCGCAACCAGUUCGAGUGCAAGGCCUUCCCCGACAAUCUCUCCAAGUUCGGCAUUGACUCGGAUGCCGCGACGGCCAUGGUCGCUACAUCGAUGGAAUAG